GGAUGAGCUCCAAAAUCUGCCAAGCUUUUUGGAGCAUGGGUUGGAACUUCCCUGUAUCCCAGUAGCUGUUCCGGUGACCCGCAAAAAGUGACAUUCAUUUUUUUCCCUACCUAACCUACCUAAGCUCUGGUGACUCGCGCAUCGUCGCUCAAUGACGUGAACCAAUCUUCAAUCGAGGUGUGCACCUCCCAUAAGACAGAAGAACACGCCACCCAAUGCUUAUGUUGCCAGAUAGGUCUCUGACCACUGAGCGCACACACAGGUAGCAAUGGCGUGUCGAAGCUGCAAGCGACAGCUUCUGCUGGUCGCUAGACAAGCCAACACCCCCGAGUUGUACAGCGGUGCCGCUGUUGCUGCCCAGCUCCGAGUCGCCGCCGCACGCGAACAGAGACGAGGCUUCCGAUGCACCCCGCCUAGAUCUGGCAUCUUGGACACCAUACGCAACAGCAUUCAGCGGUCUAGCGAACCGUACAGAGUGGUCGCAGCGACCAAGGAGAUCUACGACGCAUGCGCCAAGGCAGCGCCGUAUAAAAUCGACCCCAUAGCCGUUAGGGCAGGGACAAUACCCAAGACCGAGGAGGGCGAGGACAUAGGCGAGGGCAAGGGAAUGUGGCAUGACGAAUUCAAACUCCCGCCAACAUUCAGCACCUGGUCCCAGGUAACCAUGCUACACAUGUACCUCGUGUUCGCGCGCCUACGGAACCUGAACCGCGACGCCGCAAAGUCAUGGCAGGCACAGCUCGUCGACCACUUCUUCUUCGACGCCGAAGAGCGGAUGGAUCUGAGCCACGGGAUAUCGUCCCGAGCGCUGCGGGGCCGCUACCUCAAGGAUCUAUUCACGCAGUGGCGGGGUAUCGUAGCGGCUUACGACGAGGGCGUCGCCAAGGGCGACGCCGUGCUGGCGUCCGCCGUCUGGCGGAACGUCUUCAAGGCCCGCGAGGACGUCAACGUGCGCGAUCUCGCGGCUACUGUUAGCUGGAUGCGGCUUUGUCUGAAGAUGCUGGAUCAGAUGCCCGACGAGGCCUUGUUCACGCGCGCUGGAAGUGCGCUCCGAUGGCCUGCGAAGAAUGAGUAUGCUGUCGUUGAUAAUCCCACGAGGCAGCUUGCGGAUCAAUUGGCCUCGUUUACUACCACGCCGGCUGGAAAGGCAAACUAAAUCGAUAAAUGCAAGGAAAAAAACAAAAGCUAAGAUGUUAUGUAUGACUAUUAUGAGGAAGGACAGGGUGGGUUAGAAGCCAAGGUUCGGGACGUCAGAUGGCUCACUCAAAAGAUAGACACGGGCGUCAUGGAGAUAUCCCCCCUAAGUAUGUAUACAAUAACUAUGCCAAUUACAACAAUUGUAGAAAUUAAGAUUUAAAAAAAAAA